CAUGAGAGGGCCUACCAAAAGCAGGAGGGAGCGAGUUUUUUCAACUCCAAGAAAAUAAAGAAGGGCUCCAAGAGCUACACGAGGUAUUGGAAAAAGGUCGGCUUAGGAUUCGCCACCCCGAAGGAGGCCAAGGAGGGCGUGUACGUGGACAAGAAGUGCCCCUUCACCGGAAAUGUUGCCAUCAGAGGACGUAUAUUAAAGGGUAUGGUAAUUUCGAGCAAAAUGAAGAGGACAAUUAUUAUAAGAAGGAAUUACCUACAUUAUGUAAAAAAGUACAACCGAUUUGAAAAGAGACAUAAGAACAUCCCAUGCCACUGCUCUCCAUGUUUUGAUGUGAAGGAAGGAGACAUCGUCACCGUCGGACAGUGCAGGCCCUUGUCCAAAACUGUACGAUUCAACGUGUUGCAUGUUGAGAAGCACCAAAUCUUUGGAAGUGCCAGAAAACAAUUUGUCCUCUUUUAA